AAUUUGCGCCACACGAACCAAAAAACAAUAAAAACUUUGUAUUAUGUUAUAAACAAUUAAAAUUAAUAAAGUUAAAAUUUUAAAAUCAAAUGUAUAAAAAAUAAAAAUAGAAAAAGUUAACACAAAAAAACUAAACUAAUCUGCUCUCAUCCUUUAAUUACAGAUCAUUAGCCCAUUGUUGAUUAUUGUGAGGUUGGAAUUUAGCCAAGCUAUAUGAAUAUGAAAGAGUCAAACCAAGUCUCUAUCACGAAACUGCAAAAAAAAAAAUUACAAGGACUAAAGUGAAAAUUUGAGUAAAUUUCAAGGAUGAUUACUGCAAAUUGAGCUCUCUUUUAACAUUGAAAAAAGCAAAAAAAAAAAACACAUUCAGCAGAGCAAUAAUACGUGGCUGGCUCAGAAAGUCUAUGAAGUGCACAAGACUACAUCGUCAGUCCAAGAGGUGACUGAGCCCACCAAAGGAAGAAAGAUACCAGCCCAAAAGCACAAGCUCUCCUCUGCCCUUCGGCUUUGAUUCUGGAAUUCCCUAAAAAACACGACUUUCCCGGUCGUUUCCCUCCCAUUUCCUCCGCAAAUCAAAAACCCAUCUAUGAUGCCGAGAGAAAAGAAAGGGAAAAACCCUAUGACCUCAAAGAAGAGAGUAGCGCAAACACCACCAAUCAGCAGCAAACAGCAAGAACAAUGGCAACCCAAUGGUCCUUGCAAAAUUCUACAACUUCAGCGGGCUUUGGUCAUGGACAUUCUCUCAAGGCUCACCAUCAACACCCUCUUCAACUGCAGGUGCGUUUGCAAAGCCUGGCUUUCUCUAAUCUCUGACCCUCAAUUUGCCCAUCUCUGCAUUUCAAGAUCACCCAUUGGCAUAUUGAUCAAGACCUUUCCCCCUAAAAGCAUAACUAGGAGACUUGACUUUGCCCAGAUAGAGGAAUCUGCUGAUUCUCGCUGGCGGCUCGAGAAAAUGAGGUUUACCCCAAAAACUAGCCUACCCAUUUCUGAAUUUAAUCUAAUGAACUCGUGCAAUGGUUUAAUUUGUUUGUCUGGACCCGAAAGAGGUGGCCUUUUGUAUGUGUGCAAUCCAGUUUUGGGUGAGUUCAUCACCAUUGAACGCUCUGGUAAGGGUAGGCCAUCUUUCAAUUGUGUUGGACUUGGUUUUAGCGUCGGAACCGGUGAGUAUAAGGUGUUGCAAUCUUUUCUUCAGUCGAGUGAACCGGUCACAAGUUACAACUAUGAGGCAGAGAUAUACACCAUUGGUACAGGAUUUUGGAGAAGCAUUGGAAAGGCUUCUGGGAGCCUUGGUCCUCAGUUACCCUUCAAUGCUUAUCUUCAUGGAGCUCUUCAUUGGAUUUCCUGUUUUAGGGAUGUUCCUGAGCUUAUAAAUUCUUUCAACUUUGAAACAGAACAAUUUCAGGCACUGCCCCCACCUAGCUACUUUGGACCACUACAGAAGCAAUUUUCAGACUGUUUGAAGUUGGGAGUGUGGGAAGGUUGCCUCGUUUUGUGUGUGUUUGGGGAUGAUUCUAGCAAAUUUGUCAUGUGGGUUAUGAAGGAUUAUGGUGUCCAAGAGUCUUGGGCUAAAACUUUUGUUAUUGAAAACUUGUAUCCAAGAGAACUUAGCUGUGAUUUGUAUGAACCGAUGCUGUUUUUGAGCAAUGGGGAAAUCGUAAUGUCCUACAAUGAUUGGGUUGUUGUUUGCUAUAAUCAGAAAAGGAUGAGUUUCAGGGAAACUAGAAUUACUCGGACUCGAUCUGAGUUUCAUGCAAUUGGUUACAGCCCAUGCUUUGUUUCACUCUAUGAUAUUUCAAAGGCAGAGGAGGUGAAAAGGGUGCAAGGCUCUAAGAAUUGUGACAAGUUGUCUGCUGAAGGGAGUUUUGAUUAUGCUGGCUCUGGGAUGCCACACCACAAGUCCACAAAACUUAACUCAGGCUAUGCCUGGCCUGCCUUUGAAGGAGGUCUUCCUAACUCCAUGAAUUCCUCUGCGACGCCGGAUUUUACCGCAAUGGGAUUCCCAUGUGCUCGAUGCGGUGAGAACUUGGGCUAUGUUUUCAGGGGUAAGGGGUUCCUAUUGUGUCAACGAUGCUCCAACGCAGGUUCCUCCUGAGAAUUCUUCGGGAUAGCUCCGCUUCCAUAGACCAAAAUGCAAGAUGUAACUUUUUUUGGGUUAAAACCUUUUGGGAAUGUCGACGUGCCUAGUUAUAUACUUAUAAGUUUUUUUUUAAUUUAAUUUAAUUUAAUUUAAUUUAAUUUUGUUGGCGGAAGGGGUUUUAUGGCUUAUUUCUGUCCUGUAGUUUUCUCAUGAUUUUACUAGUGUUAAAGCUAACCUAUAAUCUUGACUAGUGUUAAUCUUUUGUUUAAUAUCAAAUGCGAUGGCUGUCUG